UCCUGAGUGGUGGUCUGGUGGAUUUCCUUGUGCCCCUUCGUGCAGAAGGAAAGCAAGCCUCGUCCGUGCCGUGUGGAUCUGUGACAAUCACUGUGCGUGUCCGCGUGUGCGAGUGUGUUGGUGAAAGAGGGCGGUGAACGGGUGCGAGAAUCUGAAGACCCAACGUCUGUGGAGUGGAGUGGGUUUUUUCCUCUUUUUCCGAGGGCUGCCUGGCCUUGUGAAUGGUGGAAUCAAUUGCUACCGAGUGACGAUAGCAGAACCCCGUCUGGUGCAGUCGCUGCGAAUGGGGCAACCUGCGGGACUGUUGGUGAAAUUCUGUGCAACAGUGCAGCAUCUGUAGCGUUGCUCUCCGUGGUGAAAGAAAAUAUCAAAACAGGGAACUGCACAAAAUUUCCGGGAGGCGUCGGUCGUUUCGAAUCAAAGGUGAAAAUCAAUCCCACCCAGAAGAAAUCAGUGUUAUCGCUAAUGAUUCAUAGUUAAGAACUGUGUGUUGGGAAAAUUGUUCGGUCGACCCAAUGUAAAAUUAACCAAUUGAAAAAGUAUAUAAAUAUAUAUUGUGUAACACCGCGUCCUAUUUCGCUUUUGCUUGUGGAUUCGACGGUUGGGAGUGGGCCGUUUUGUGCGUAUGACGUCUUUGUGUUAGUGUUUCGUGUCCCCGCUAAAGGAAACGCAGAGGUGUACAGUCCAAGCUGCAUAUUUUAAAGAGCCAUUUCUGUAUCCAUUUAGCUCGAGUAGGGAUGGCGAAGCUCUGGGCUUCCAAAAAAGCAACAAACUAGAGGAAAAAUCCCCCAUCAAAUCAGAAAACGGAAAGCGAAUCUCGGGAACGUGGAAUCGAAAAGGUCACAUGAUUGGUCGCAAUGUGUAAAAUCCCAUUAUGGCCCUGGUUAGCCAUAGCAUGGAGAUGGAGAAUCGCGCUUACUUUAAGUUGGUUAGUGCAAUAUUGCUGCGUCAGUUCUGCACAACUAAAUGGUUUAAGAACAAACGAUGGAAGCACUAGCAAUAAUGGCGGCGGCGGCUCCAGCAUCAGUAGUAGCAUGGGACGAGUAGCUGGACUAGAGGCAAACAAUCCGGGCGCUGUGGCAACUAUGAGCGGCUCCCCUUUCGGAGCGAACAAAGCGGACAUGGAAGCAACUGAGGACUCCCUGCAGACGAUACACGACAUUGCCACCGAGAACUUGGGUACACUCUGCCUUACAAAGCAAUUUCGACCGCUGUGGAUCACUUUGAAUCCGGAACGAUAUACUGGUGCCCGACAGAAGGCAGACCUAGCCGCAGUCGUUCUCCAGGAUGUUGGAGUAGCUCGACACAAUGGUUUGCUAGACGCGCUAGCGAAGGGAUUGCUUUCCGACAUGCACGUCAUGAGUGCUCGUAUUCUUUCGAUCAACACGUCCGACGGAUUGAUCACCAAUUCAGUCUGGUGGAACAAACUGCCUACGGGAAUGGCUGGUCCAGUUCGGAUAGAAGAGGAGGGAGUCGCCGUUGGGAAAACUCCAGAUCCGAGUUAUCCAUGGUUUGAAGAUGAAUCAUCCUCUCCGGGCCUUCGUUCGCCCAAGUUUGCACCUUCACCCCUAAACAUAUCCUACCGAGGCUGGUGGACCUAUCCAUACUAUUCAUGUAGUUACAAGCGCUGGAUUCUGUCCUACAGUGUCGCAAUAAGACCACUUGGUAGGCAUGGACUACGCGGCUUCCUGAGUAUCGACAUCGACAUUUCCGAUCUACAGGUGAACCAGUGCGAAAACCCCAAUAGAUUGGAGGUUUUGAGCUACAAUCACCAUCUGAGACAAUACUACCCGUUCGUAAGAAGCAUCAAACUGAGCGACGAGGAACAGCUCAACCAGAUUGAGGCUUUCCACGGGUCGCACAAAUGCCACGUGCACAGCAUGCGAUGCGUCUAUCGACCAACAUUCGCAAACGUGGCAAAGGCAGUCAAUUUGAAUUAUAAUCACUACAGUAAUACCAGCAGCUAUACCAACAGUAGCAGUAGUAGUAACAGUGGUAAUAGUGGGAUCGUGAUCGGCAAAAGUCUUCGCGUUAUCAACGGCUGGAAUCGGGGAGCUUACGAGUGUAAGUGCAAAGGGGGCUUCUACUCAUCGCCUCAUCCGCGAGGCUUCAACGGGAGCAUAAUGGAGGUUGCCUAUCAGGAGUAUAGGGAUAACAUAAGCACCUACUACACGGACGUGUUCAUCUGUGUCAGGUGUGCACCAGGAUGCGACAGUUGUACCGGCCCGGAACCUUGCUUGGCAAGUUAUAACUGGGUGUUUAGAACGACGUUACUCACAUUCUCGGUGAUGUGCGCCGGCUUUACGGUCGUCCUCGCACUGUACAUGUAUCAGCACCGCAAGGUAAAAGUAUUUAAGGUGGCCAGUCCAAUCUUCCUCACCAUCACCCUGCUGGGUUGUGCCUUCAUGUAUCUGGAGAUGGCCGCCAUCUUCCCUAUUCUGGACACUUACUCGUGCAUUGCUACCAAGUGGACGAGACAUAUGGGCUUUUGCGUCACCUAUACGGCGCUGUUGAUGAAAACCUGGCGGGUGUCGCUAACCUACCGCGUCAAAUCGGCUCACAAAGUCAAACUGACCGACAAGCAACUGCUUCAAUGGAUGGUGCCAAUCCUACUGGUUAUGCUCAUCUUUUUGGGCACAUGGACCCUAUCAGCACCUCCGAUGGCAGAGAAGAUCGUGGACCAGAAUGGACUCAUAUUCAAACAAUGCUCGUACAAUUGGUGGGACCACAGCCUAGCCAUCGGUGAGGUGCUGUUCCUGGCCUGGGGCAUUCGCGUAUGCUACAACGUCCGCAAUGCCGAGUCGCUCUACAACGAGGCUCGGUUAAUUUCGUACGCCAUCUACAACAUAGCGCUCGUUAAUACCACCAUGGUAGCAUUCCACUUAUUUAUCUUCCCGCAAGCCGGCCCGGAUAUCAAAUAUCUGCUCGGUUUCAUUCGAACCCAACUCAGCACAUCGGUUACGAUAGCACUAGUAUUCGGUCCGAAAGUACUCAGAAUCUUGCGCGGCCAAGGUGAUCAAUGGGAUCAACGCGCUAGAAAGAGAGGCAUAACAGCGUCAUUCUCCCUCAACGGUAUCGGCUUGGUACCUGAAGAGACCGCAGAUUUGUACCAGGAAAAUGAGGAACUGAAGGAAGAAAUUCAGAAACUCGCUGCUCAGAUAGAGUUUAUGAAGAUUGUUCACAUGGAAAUGAACAAUCGCCAUCUCAAACCAAAGCCGGGUGGCUAUUUCACUCUGAAGAGUCCACUCGGAAAAACUAUCGGCGGUGGAGGGCUACACUCCUCCCACAGGCACAAACAUCCGAAGGAAGACUCGCUCAAGGAGAUCAGCGGUAUCACCGAGGACGGACACAGUGGUACCAACAGCUGCUACUCCGGAACGGCCAAUUCGAUAGGCUAUUCAUCAACGACACACAUCAGCCAACAGCAGCAGCAGCCACCCCACCAACAAUCGAACACUACCGAAAGGGUAUGACAUGGCUACCGAGGUGGACGAGAUUGCUCCCCAGCACCGGUCGUCGCGAAAGCGAACCCAACCUCCACAUCCAUUAAAGGGCUAUCCACGGCAACACCCUUCUCCUGCCCAUCGGCAUCAUCCCUUACGUAUACAGCAACUGAUAGCACUAACCAUAACGAUAACAUCUGCAUGAAUUACAAUCUCCACAAGUCCAACGAGCCUUCGGCGGAAAGGAAUAGCAACACUAGUCAUAAUAACAACAACCAAUCAGAUCCAGAAGAUCCAGGGCAAACAACGCCAUCACGUUCAACAGAACAGGAGCAUCAACAGCAGCAUUAUAAUAGGAUAAAUAAUAACCACGUAAUUGCAACUGUCGGACUAGACUCCGAAACGAACACAUCGCCGCAGGCCGCGGGCUCUACGUGUAAUCCAACUUCUAAUCCAACGGAAACUCUCACCAAUAAUAGCAAUGCAUCACCGAGUGAAGCAGUCGACAGUAGAAUCCCUGUUUAUGUCUAGCCCAGGAUAUACACCGAACGUUAAACUUUGAGAAAAGAUAAUGUAAAAAAAAAACUAGCGAGCCAUCGUGACGAAUCAGUGACGACGCUAGCUAGUCAUCAUGAAAUAUGAUGGACCAUAAAACACGCAAAAGCUCUCUCUUCCUUUGGGGUGUUUUCCGCAACAUGAGGGUGAAACAUCGUGUAACAUAAAAUAAUUGUUUCUCCUUCCGUGGACAUCCGCAGUACUUUACCAAGGCCAGGAAAAUUUUCUCCAGAACGGGGGGACAUUGGCCAUAAUGAAGAAAAAUGUGCGAACGGUAGUGCCCGAUGGGUGGAGAAUUACUUCAUCAGCGCUUGUUCCGCGUCCCUGAAAAACAUUCUCAGCUCAGAAGCUUGGAUGUGUAUACCCGGUCGUACCAUAACUUUAUCGCUCCGAAACAUGUGUAACAGUCAAGUUCUGGUAUCUAGGUUGUGGCGAUGAUGCUGAGGAUUAUUAUCAUUCUCCGCUCGGUUGCGGUCGAUGAAGCGGAAGAUAGCUGAAGGGACAACAAGUGAAGGAAUUCUCUCAAAAUAAAAAAAGGGUCGUCCGAUCGCAAUCUAUGUUGGAAGUGCUGGGGUUCACCAGUUGCUAGAACUACAUCGGACCAACUAACCGACUCGAACCUAGGAAGAUUGUGCCAAAAAUGUAGUUGCUAGCAGUUCCCCGAGUGACGCCCCCACAAUUAGGAUGUUGUAAAAAAGGUCCUGUUCGUAAAAAAAAACAACCAUGUUGACCACCGUCUAACUUUAUUGGCUCACAACUACCGAGCGCAUUUUGUUGUGAAAACCGAGAAGUUCUACAUUUUCAACUGCACGCACAUGUGGUUACUGAAGAGUGUUUGGAACAAUCCACCUUGGUAUCCGAAUUGCACCCGACGACGACAAUAAUACUCCACACACUCAAAUCGUCGCAAAAUAUUCAAACAGCUAGAGAAAGUCUUUCAGAAGUAACGCGUUAGUGAGAACUACAUUUCAAACUUAUAUUGUCUAACAAAAAAAACUGUAGAAAAUAUGAAACAGAAGGGUGGCAAAGAGUAGGUAGUUGAACGGAACGCAAUUAGGAUAUGGACGAUACGAUAUUGAUGGGGCUGCUUCCGACAUGCUCAUUAUUUACAGCUCGUUACGCGUUCGUGUGCUUGUAUUCUAUUUUAAGCUAAAAAGGCCAGUGCAUCCAACUUUAAGUGCUUUCAUUAUACUUUCUCUACUAGAACGUCACUUUUUAUCAUCUCACCCGCGUUAGCCGUGUAAUCGAUUCAACCGUAGUCCACCAAGCCAAAAUUCAUUUUCAAAAAUUGUUCAUGAAGAUUAUGAUUCUAGCUCUGCUGAAUAGUCUUUGUACUAACAACAAGCAAAGUGGAAAACAAUCAUAAUAUAAUGAUCAACAGAAUCAAACAGAUUUAUACAUUUCAUGACUGAACCCUUUUUUCGUGUUUCUAAAAAAAGUCGUGUUUUUGAAGAGAUUCUGUACGUUUUGUGAGAAUCUCUUCUCAACGAACCCUUGGUUUUUAAUGGUCGUCAAAUGCAACAGGCUUCAUCUUCCUUUUGACCUUCUUUUGGAAUCCCUGAUUAAAUGAAAUCACCCAAGCAAAACAAGCAGCAUAAAAUGUGUAUCACUGUAAAAAGAGCAUAACUUCAACCACGCUAACGAAAUGGUGAUAUGCUGCCACUGCAGAAGCUAGAUGGAAAUAACAGUUAAAUAAUCCGAAAUUUUCAACACAAAACAUGUUCAAUGUUACCUAUGAGAGCAGAAUAAUAAACAAUAAAACGUUGAGAGUUUAAAAAGGACAACAAAUCCGAAUGAAACUUUAUUUGGAGGAAUUUGAUAAGCAUGUUUACCGUUGCAAGACUUUAUCAAACGAUAUAAUCAAAACAGAAGCAAACAAACUGAAAACUAUCAUUAGAAUGUGUAUUGUUGUUAACUGCGGUCCGCUGAAGUGUUAAAUAUGAGUAAAACAAGUGAGAAAAACCCCCUUUCUUGAAAAUGUUCAGAGUACGAUAACGAUUAUAACAGGAAAAAAGUCAAUAAAUGCGAAAUGUACAUCAGUAACAAGCUUGUUCUAGGUUAAUCAUAGUUAAACCCAUUUUAGGAAAUCGAUGUGAUAAGUAUUCGCGUUGGGGUGUACUUUAGGAAAGGUAUUAAUCUUGUACAAGAUAGGUCUGUAUUCUCUCAACUGAAACGGCAUGUUCAAGUUUCACCACCUCUUCGACUAAUAGCGAAACAGAAUGCCGGGAAAGGAAUAAACCGAUUAAACUCAACCACAAUCCAAGCUUCUCGGUCCCAAAUAAAUUCCCUAACAGCAACCGCUGCAAUGAUCCCGGAUUGUUAAAUCGUCUUUCGUUUGGCAAAUCGCACAUACAAAUGAAAUCAUGGUAUCCGUUUCAUUCCGCCACUAGUCGCUACAAAGAUUAGAGCAGUAAAAAUCUAAAGCCGAAUCUUUAGAUGUGGACGGCAAAAAAAAACUAUCGAAUUCGUCUCUCCUUUGAAGUCUCGUUAUGGUGUUGAUAUUUGAGAGCUGCGGUAUUUUAUGCUACACAUCGGAGGGGGAUUACGGUUAAUCAUUGUUUAGUUAUUUGUACUUAGGGUAACACGGGGUGAGUUGGACAUAUGGAGUGAUUUGGACCACCCCUUUAUCUCAAAAAGUACGGCUCAACUUGGAUUUUUUAUAAUGCCAUUUUCUUUUGUUAUUGAACCGUAUGUAACUAAUGUCAAAAAACUUUGGUAAUAUUCGACAGGUGGAAGGAAAUGGUAGCAUGAACACAACAAGCACUCUGAUUGUCAAAAAAUGUGAGUUUUCCGAUCGUGCUUUUAAGGUUUUUCCCGCUGAUUAAACAAACUUUUCGUGUAUUGUGCAGUAAAGUUCUGUUCACCUACAGAAGAGGAACAAUUUGAUGCAGCGAAACUGUAAGUUUGAUAACAAUAAAUGGAAAUAAUUGCAUUUUAAUUUUUGCAUAUUGUGUGGGGUGAUAUGGACACGUUUCUGUUGGGUGAAUUGGUCCUACAGGUUUGAGGCUUUUCUUUGAUCUAAUUGAUUCCAGAUAUCACGGAAUUACAAAAAGAGGAUGGACAGACAACGUUGGAAGAAGAAGGAGCUUGAAAAAGCAACUCAGGCCAUCAAGAACGGAUUUUCUUUGACCAACAACGAAUGUGUGUGAAAAUGCUCGAAUAACAGUGGAAAGAUUCAUGCAGAAUUCGAGAUGGUGUCAAUCCAAUUCUUCUGGUCUGGAAUCUGGUCAAGACACCUGGUAUCGAUCCCAGAACACUGUUAGUGAUUGUAACAUUAUCCCAAAAUACUUUACAUAAACAUAAGUAUGUUUUUUUCGAUGAAACACACACUGUACCAAAUCACCCCACAGACGGUCCAAAUCACCCCGCAUCAAAUUUUAAUGUCCAAAAAUCAUCUCUUUUAUUUUAUGAUAUAUUUGGUAGAUUGAAGCUUUAUAUAAUGAUUAAACAUUAUUUAUUGAGAGAAAACAAGUGUAACUCAGUAUGCAAUGUGACAUUUUUGAUUUAGACCGUAUUGGUUUGGAAAUAUUAUGCGAUUUGCUUAGGUGGUCCAAAUUCCCCCCUUUUUCCCUACUUCCUGCUGGCUACUUCUCGGGAAAAGUUCUAUUUAAACCAUUACAGAAUCGUAUGCAACAUGGUCAACGAUAUCUUUUCUAGAACAGAGUUAUUCAACCCCAAAUCAGCCGACCUUUGACCCGAUCAUCCCCCUCCCCUUCUUUAAACAUGUUACUUGAGAUGGAAACUUCAUAAUUAAACUACACAAUUUUAACUAUCAUAUAACCGAUUGCGUGCACCCGUGGCCGAGUGGUUAGCGUCUCGCAUUAUCAUUCCGGGUGUUCGGGUUGGAUUCCCGUUCUGGCCGAGGGAUUUUUUCGUCAAUGAAAUUUCUUUCGACUUGCACUGUGGUCACGCGUAUUCUAGAGCUUGCACCUCGGAAUACAUUCAAGGCGUGUUAUUUGGCUUAAGAAAUCUCAACUAAGUAUUAAUUAAUGACGCUAGUUAAUGCAUACGUUGAGACGGCAAAAGUUCCACUGGGAACGUUAAAGACAUUCAAGAAGAUGACCUGAUUAAAUUACGACUGAUUUUAUAAAAGGGAGUAUUCAAAAUCAUAGAUUUUUCUUUCAAAAAAUCACAACUAAAAAUCCAGAUGUCUGUUUGAAUUGGGUGUUUGACAAAGUUGUUGGAAAAUAAAUGAACCAUUUAGGAAAAAUAACACUUUAAAUGUACUGUUAAAAAAUCUUACAAAAAAUCCAUUUAAUAUUAAAAACUUUUAUAUCUCAACACCUCCCCAUCGGUAUUUUUUGCUUAUUUUUACUGGCCCUACUCGCAGCCAAGCUAAUUCAAAGUUUUUUUUUUGUUUUUAAACCGGCAAGUAGCCCCAUACAUACAAAUUAAAUGUUAAAUUCCAUGGUAUGGGUACGUUCGUAUUUCUUCGGAUCGUUUGACGUUUACUCGCAACCGAGUAACUGACAACGUUUACACACGGCUUUACACACGGCCGACAUCUAGGAAUUUCACUAUAAUUUUUUUCACUUUGAAAAAAUGAUUAUAUCUCGAGACCGGUUAGUCCUAGGAUAAAACGAUAUAUGUAGUUCUUCAUUCCAUUUUUUAUGUUACUUUUCUUAAAUGGUUACGAUAUUACAAAGUAUUGGAAUUUGAAGAAUUCAUAUCCCUAUUUUAGUGAGUUUACCACGGCACCACUGUACAUAAAAAUUCCAAUAAAAUUAUACGACAAAAUAUCGAAGGAAGGGUGUUUUGAGAUAUAGAAUUUUUGACGUAGAACUACGUCUUCCAAGAAUGGUGUCAAAUCAGAAAACAGGUAACAUUUUUAUGAAAUAAAGUUAACGUUAAUAACUAUUUUCACUGUGAACGAAUUCUCAUGAUUUGUAUACCAAUCGAAUCGGAAAUUCUCUAAGAUUUGUUUGAUACGCUAUACAUUACAAUUCGCUGAUCUCUAAACGGUUUAAGUCGUGUCCUAGAUACAACCCCUUACAAUUUUUUUAUAUUAAAUGCAAUAUUUGAGUAAGAUUUUUUCAAAUGUUAUCUUCCCUGAAUGGUUCAUUAAUUUUUCAACAACAUUAUCAAACAGCAUAUUUUAAUCAGACAUCUGGAUUUUGAGUCAUGGUUUUUUGAAAGAAAGUUAGUUGUAAUUCAAUCAGGUCAUAUGAUAAUGAAAAACAACAGCUGCUCCAGAAAUAAAAACCAGUAGUUUCGUGCACUCUCGUCCUGGAGAACUUGCUGGCUCAUAGUCCCAGAUGUAACGAAAAUUGUUCCAGUCCUCCUUCGCGUGAAGGAGGACUAGCGUUGACAAAAAAGAUAUCAUCUCUGGCAGAAAAAAUACAUAAAUAACAGCACCAUUUUUGAGAGUGUUAAAAUGUUUGUAUGUAUUGAGCAGACCUCUCAUUCUCUCAGCAUAUCGACUUGGAAUUGAACCACCACAUUACAAAAUGAAGUUGGAUCUUAAAAUUAUACACGGAAAGUGUUUUCUGAGAGUAAAACUAAGAGCGUAGACAACGUAAACCGUGUAUUCGGCAAAGUAUGUGAGAAGUGGCAAAGUAUGAUACAGGUGCCCCUUGGUAAAAAUGUGAAUGCAUUAUUAUUUGCAAAAUUUCUCUUAUUUUACUCCCUCAUAUUGCUCUUAUAUUGCUAUGACAUAUAUUAUGACCCAUUCCAUGAGGUUAUGCACCAAAGAACCAAAUUUCAAGUUUAGUUUUAGGAGAAAAUUGAAAUCGUAAUUUGAAUAUGAACUAGUUAUAAAGGGUGUGUCACAUCAAAUUGCAUCACGGAAAAAACGCUGUAGAAGUUCGCCCAGUAGACCGAUCCUUUUGAAAAUUUUAGACAGUAAAAUAAAAACUAUUAAACAACUUUUGGCAUUUUCUUUUUAUUCAUACUUCGAGCCCAAGCCCGUAUGCUCGCACCUUCCCCGUCCAUAAGGUUCUGUACAACGUCAGGUUGUAGUUUUUUUUUGAACAGAAAUCCAUUUUCUCUUGAAGUCCGCCUCCGAUUUGACAACUUUUGGGUUCUUCCGGAGGGCCUGCUUCAUAAUCGCCCACAAUUUCUCUAUUGGGCGAAGCUCCGGCGCGUUGGGCGGGUACAUUUCAUUUGGCACGAAGGUGACCCCGUUGGCUUCGUACCACUCCAACACGUCCUUUGAAUAGUGGCACGAAGCGAGAUCCGGCCAGAAGAUGGUCGGGCCCUCGUGCUGCUUCAAUAGUGGUAGUAAGCGCUUCUGUAGGCACUUCUUAAGGUAAACCUGCUCGUUUACCGUGCCGGUCAUCACGAAGGGGGCGCUCCGCUUUCCGCAAGAGCAGAUCACUUGCCACACCAUGUACUUUUUGGCAAACUUGGAUAGUUUCUGCUUGCGAAUCUCCUCCGGAACGCUGAAUACGGAGAAGAACAACAGGCCCGGCAGCUGACGAAAGUCCGCUUUGACGUAGGUUUCAUCGUCCAUUACCAGGCAAUGCGGCUUCGUCAGCAUUUCGGUGUACAGCUUCCGGGCUCGCGUCUUCCCCAACAUGUUUUGCCUUUCGUCGCGGUUAGGAGCCUUCUGAACCUUGUAUGUACGCAGGCCCUCCCGCUGCUUGGUCCGCUGGACGAAUGAACUUGACAAAUUCAGCUUAUUGGCGACAUCCCGGACCGAACUUCUCGGAUCACGUCUAAACUGCUUAACUACGCGCUUGUGAUCUUUUUCACUGACGGAGCAUCCAUUUUUGCCGUUCUUCACCUUCCGGUCGAUGGUUAGGUUCUCGAAGUAUCGUUUUAGUACUCUGCUGACCGUGGAUUGAACGAUUCCCAGCAUCUUACCGAUGUCCCGAUGUGACAACUCCGGAUUCUCAGAAUGAGUGCGCAGAAUUAAUUCACGACGCUCUUUUUCGUUCGACGACAUUUUUCCAAAUUUACGAAAAAUUGACAGUGAAGCAUGGCCAACGUGAUCUAUACACUCUUAUCUGAUUAUAAGCAAAAGCUGAAGUUAUAAUUCCUAAAAACAGCGUUUUUUCCGUGAUGCAAUUUGAUGUGACACACCCUUUAUCACAAAUUUCUUGAAACGAAUUUGAUUUUUAUGCGCCAGCAUUUGAGAGACGCGAAUCUAAAAUACUACAUAAUUAUAUUUUAAAUAGUUUAGGUUUUCAGUAUUUUUAUGUUUCUUGAGAUAUCUCUGCACUUGCUUAACCAAAAAUCAAUGUCUAUAUACCAUUGAAUGGAUAAUUAAAUACUUGUUUGAAGAAGGGUCUAGGUUUCAUUUUGUAAUUUAUGAGAAGCAAGCAUUUGAAAAAGAGGUAUUUUGAAGCAUUUUUUUUUAAAUUUAUCAGCUAACACUACAUGGCUUUCUCUGAGCAAACAAUGAGGGUCAACAACCCACAAAAUUUGGUUAAAAUCGGCCCACAAAUAAAGGAGUAUUAACUGUCUCAAGAAAUCGUUGUCACGUCACGCAACGUAUACAAUCCAUUCCAGCGUGACGUGGUAAUAUUUUGACUCAAUACAAUUUUUUUUUCCGUUUUCAUGUAUGAAACACACAAAGUUAAACGAUGUUUCAAUGAAAUUGAGAAACUGUACUUCAAGAAUCAUCAGUUGGAGAAUAUGUUAUUUUUUGACAUAAACGCCCUUGCACAGGUACGCGCACAUGCACACAGAUGCAUACAAAGAGUUUAUCAAAAAUUUAUGAUAGCAAAAUCAAAUGCGUUCCCCCUGUGGUGAGCGCCACUCGAUGAACCAGGAUUGUGCUAGCCAUUGAUGGCAAGCGCCAGAGUGAUCGUGUUAAACAACCACGAUGUAGAAAUUGAAGCUCGGUUUAGGACCACCUCGAAUUUUUUCAAAUAACGGCAUACCGUGUAUUACAGGUAACAGGCGGAUUCAAUUUAUAAAAGUUUAUUUUGAUGAACAUAAGCAAUUACAAUUGCCUUGUUUCGCUAUGUUUUACAAUCCAAAAGAACAUAUUUUUGACGUAGAACUACGUCUUUCAUUAAGGGUGCCAAAUCAGAAAACAGGUCACGUUUUUAUGAAAUAAAGUUAUCGUUAAUAACUAUUUUUGCCGUGAAAGGAUUUUGGCGAUUUGCAUACUAAACGAAUCGGAAAUUCCGUAAGAUUUGUUUAAUAUGCUAUACAUUAGAAUUCCCUGGUUUGUAAAUGGUUAAAAAUCAUGAAAACUUUUAGCGUUUUCAUUUUCCCAUACAUUUGUUCUGUACAUUUGUGUGCUUUCCCGAACAGAGCAGUCAGUAACGAGCAACUUAUCGACGACCAACGGGGGAGAAGUCGUAGGAUUUCAAGUCUCCGUGAAUAAAGAAAAAGUAGAAGAAUGAAGGGAAAUUUUUGCUUAGAGUAUAAAUAGUGGAUCUCGCUGAGGCAAACUUUUAUUCGGCAUCGGACUGUUGAGCAAUCCAGUUCACUUUGCUUUCGCUGCGCUUCGAUCUAAGAUUGGACCCCACCAGUGGUAAUCCAGCUUGGAUAUCGUCGUGUGGUUUUUUCAGCUCGUUUUUGACGUUAUUCGUAUCGUGUGUUUUUCUUUCCGCGUCAUAAAUUGGACACUUCGCGUAGUGUGUGAUGAGCAAGAGAAAGAGGAAGGCAGGCUCGAGCCCUGCAAAAAAACGAACGCAUUGCCAGGGGCAAUAAAAUUUCGAGGUAAGCGUCAUCUAAUGAUGCACGCAAUGUUGGUGCAGUGAAAAGCGCUAGCACUGAACGAGCCUCCGCGAGUGUCACACCGCAUCGAACAACAGCGAAGUAGGCGAUUUCGGCGCGUCGGUCGAACAUGUAAACGCCGUUACCCAGGCAGCAACCAAAUCAAGCUCUCCCCGCUGGUAUUGAAGGCGGUCGCUCUUGACAAACUCAUCAGCGAAUUCGCAUCGAAGGGUGUUACAGCAGGGUACAAGCUGUGUGGCAUAAUUCAGUCUUUUUCCAAGCAGUUAACAUUGUUUGUUUUCCGUCAUCAUAAGGGCUUCGUUGGUGCCUUUGAGGAUGCAUCAAUGCAUUUAACUGACGUUAUGGCGAAGCAGACGUUAAGAUUGUGCGCCAAAGCGUUAUAGAAUGAUAUCCGAAAAUAUAAACAAGCGACUUAUAUAAAAUAACAGCGUAGUUCUACGUCAACAAUGCGGUCGUAUCUUGGACACAACAUCCUGUAAUGUUUUCAGUUUAUUUAGCAAAAUUACAUCUCCAACGCAGAACGAUACAUUUCAGAAGACGCAGAACAACAACAGAAAAUCCGAAUCAAAUAUAUUGUGUAAACGAAAGCAAUAGCAUCGAAACAAACUUUCACCUUCAGUUUUCCACCGAAGAACACAGCUUUCAACGAUGAAAAAUAUAUCACGUCACUUUUAAUUCGGAAACAAUCACCGGUCGGCCGCAAGACUUCCCAAAUGGUGGAAGCCUCAAGUCUCUAUAACUCAAAAUAACAUCAUUACACCAACACACUCACGAAUUCACAGAAGACCUUCAGCCAAAAAUAACCAGAAAAUAGAUUUUUAGAAUGCAUCGAAAUUUCUAUAAAAAUUAUUCAGUCAAAAGUUUUAGUGACUCUGAAAAGGGGUUUGUAUUGUUUUGUAGACGCAGCUGAAGAUGGUUGAUUCAUGAUUCAUUCUUGAGCAAUACACACACUCAGUAUGCAUAACAAGCUUUCAUUAACAGCUAACGACAUGCAUCGGCAAAUCUUGACUAAGAUGGACUUUCAAGCAGGUACUCAUAUGUAUUGAUAUUUGUGAUUUGAAUAGUUGACUUUCAAAGCAGUUUUGAGCUAUUUCAACAAACUUUGGGUCAAUUAGUAGCCAGGAUUACUCAUAUACCUUUUAUCUUUCGAAUGAAGUGAUUGACAUAGAACUUUGUACAACUGAUGAAGAGGAAUUAACGCUCGAAACUUUGCACCCCAAAUGUAACGCUCUCGUUUUAGAAAUUUCAAACAGCACGAACCCCAGCACAGAUUCAAAUAUGAUGUGAUGAAAAAAUACAUAGGCCCUCUUCACCGGUCGGCAUGUAAAUCGACGCGGUUCUCACACCGAACAAAAUUGCAAAAAAAAUUUUGCAAAAGUUCAUUCGUAUCUAGCCUUGAAAUAGACCAAUUUGGCAAACUAAACUGAACAUUCGUCCUUGGAAAGGUCAUACAGUCAAGCUAGAUGACUGAAUUGUGAAUACUGUAGUUUGAACUCGAGAACACCUUGUUUAUGCUCAAUGAAUGAAUAUGAGGGAGCUAGAAUUACAAUGUUUUCUCAAUAUAGCGCUCUUGAUCAAUAACAACGAGAACAGAUUUCGAACUUUCUGCAGGUAUGGUAUUUUUUUUAAAAAGACCAGGUGGUUGGCUUUAAUUUGAAAUGUCGAUCAUCUAAAUCGGUUUAUUAGUUCAAAAGAUAUGAAUUUUUGGAAAAAAAAACAGAGAGAAAAAAGUUGAUUUUUCGGGCAACCCUAAAAUGGACAUGGUCACCCUACUGAAAAAAUAAAAAAUAUGGGUCUAAUGUUUUGCGAUAAAGAACAAAACUACCACUUUUCACGAAAAUCUGAGAACCACUAUAUCGGUUUGGCAUGAAAUGGCUGAUUUCGGGUCAAUAUUGAGAAAAAUCUAAAAGGGGGGAUUUCGGGCGAAAAACUCAAGUGCUGAGUGAUAAAAGACACUUUGAGGAACACUUUCAUUAAACAAGUUUUGCGGGGAAAUGCGGGGCAAGUUUUAUAAGUCCAUCCGAAGCAGAAUUAAACUUUUAAAAUAGUACUUACUUUGUGUGGAGUUAACACAUACUACAACCAACCGAAUUUUGAAACUGACAACAAAUUCAAAUUUUCCAUUAAAAAUGCUUCAAGAAACAUAAUGAGCCAAAAAAAAUUGUUUAAAAACUUCACCAAAACACAUGUUAGAAAAACACACGCGUAAUAGUGGCACCGGCGAGUAUGCGGAACUGGUAUCUUGGUAUCAUUUACGCCUGACAAGCACGAUUCAAAUUCUACAAUUUUCUUCAAAUUACCGAAUGGAAUGCUCGAAAAUUCCAAUUUAUUUCUCAACGAUUUUAGUGUUAACGUAUGCAUUCAAAAAAUGGACUAAUUUCGGAUGGCGAUGAAAGAUAAUUUAUAGGAACAAAUUUUCUUUAAAUCUUGCGUUUAUUAAAUCUACAACAAAAAUGAUUCAAGGCUGUUGAUUCCAUAUUGUAAGCUCCACCCCACAGCGAAGGAGUUGGACAUCCUGAGGCACUUUGUGUCCGCCAGAUAUAGCCGAGCUGGUAUUUACAAUAUAAUCUCUUUGCCGCUCCUUAAGCCGGGAGAUCGAAGCAACCGGCCAAACGAUGGUGAAGAAUCUGGCCAAAAUGGACAUUUUUAUGCGGAAGCGUCAGACGAGACUGGCCGUAUCUGAGCAGUCUUCUUCUUCUUGAAUGGCGUUAACGUUCCCUGUGGAACUUUUGCCGUCUCAACGUAUUCAUUAACUAGCGUCGUUCAUUAAUACUUGGUUGAGAUUUCUAUGCCGAAUAACACGCCUUGAAUGUACUCUAAAGUGGCAAGCUCUAGAAUACGCGUGACCACAGUGCAAGCCGGAAGAAUUUUCUUUGACGAAAAAUCCCCCAACCAGAACGGGAAUCGAACCCGAACACCCGGCAUGAUAGUGUGGGACGCUAACCACUCGGCCACGGGUGCACACUGCAUCUGAGCAGUCAAAAUGGCCAAAAUAGAGAGACAGACGACCACCAAAGCCACGAAAAGGUAAAAUAACACGCCGAUAUACAUCUUUUCAUCGGCCAUGGUUCAGGUUCCGGCCAACUUCCGUAAGACCGCCCAGCGCUUCAUUUACGAUAUUUCAUCAAACAACUCUGUCUCUUCCUGUCGAGUAUAUACUAGUUCUUCCGACUUAAUUAAAACGUUAAGCCCUGGCCGAGAUAGGGGACCAAAAAUGAACUUUUCGUCUGACUCACGUUUAUCCCUGCGGAUCAAUAGGGGACUUUUAUAAAAAUCAUUUUCCAAUUUUGUUGCGCUUCCAUAUGACACUCUCUAAACAACAAGCCCAAUGUCGGUGCGAUGAAACCAGUUCAAUGAUCAAUCUUUGGUUUUUCAAGGAAUAGGUGAAGACGGCGCCAGUGGUUGUGUGGUUAGCGUAACAGCCUCACAAUCCGAUCGGCCUGGGUUCAAUCCCAGCUGGCGUCGUUGGGAUUUUCUGAGGCGAAAAAUCUCUGGUUACGUCUUCCUUCGGAGGGGAAGUAAAAGAAGUUGGCCCGGCUCAUGUGUUGUUGAGUCUGAUAGGUAGGAACAGGUGGAGUCGCCUCCCUGAUGUCGGUGAUUGGCACUGAAGUGGCGGAAAUAGGCCGACGAAAAAUAAGCGAAGAUAAAAAAAAAAAAAAGGAAUAGGUGAACUAACAAUUUUUUUGCUAACUAAACCAGUACAUUUUUAUACAAGGCUAAUUUGUUAGAAACUUAGAGAUUUAUUUCGAAAGUACCAAAAAAACAAUUGCAUUAAAAGAUACAUUACUGAUGGGUCUCGCCUCAAUGGAUCCACUGACAUCGGUGUUUUCAAUGACAAUUCUUGCGACUUCCGUAUACUACAGGAACCUUGUUUCGUUUAUGCUGCUGAGCUGGCAGCAAUCAACUUCGCAUCGGGUAUGAUCUCCAACAAGCCUGCCGACUCUUCCUUCAUUUUUCGGAUAGUCUAAGUUCGCUUGCUAUCCAGUCUAUCUAGUCGAUGAAAAUUAGUAUGCACCCAUCUUAUUUCCUCACAAGUGGGAGGCAGUAGAUGAGUGUACUGAUCAAAAGAUUUUAUAAGAUAACCAUUGUAUGGGUACCCUCUCAUUGCUCAAUUCCUGGCAAUGAGAAGGUGGACACUCUCGCAGAGGUGGGUGGGUGGCCAGGAAGGCGAAUUGAUUGAUAGACAGAUUCCAUACGAUGAUUUUUUUCCAAUUUUUGCGUCAAAGUUCCCUCUUGAGUUGGCAAACCGAUUGGGACACUGGAAGUCUUGGGCGCUAUUUACAAUAUUUCUUCGAGAGCGUGGUCCAAAGAUUUGGACGUAAGGCGUGUCUUCAUUCGCAUAAUCAGUAGACUUAUGUCCAACCACUUCUCGCUAGAUGUGCAUCUCUACAGAAUAAAUCUUUUUCAAAGUAUUGUCUGUCGAUGUGGAAACGGUUACGACGACACGCAGUUUGGCAAUGUACGGAUAAUUACGUGAUGACAAGUGAUUCAUGAAUCAUUAUCAAACCCAUAAAAACUUACAUUCUGCUGUGUUCAUAUCAUCGAGCCGUACUUUUCUCAAAAUUCUAUUGGACGCAGAGACUUUUAUUGGGACGUAUUUCAAGUCUGGGGAUUAUAUCAACAAAUCAACAACUCAUGAUGAACUUGAGGUUAACAUGCGAACCACCGGCGAAAAUGUUGGAGUGAGUCAUUAAAAAUUAAAGCACGCAUAUAAACCAAUGAAUUUUUCAUCAAAUAAAGUCAUUCUAAAUCAUUUCUUGUCGAAAUGUCUAUGUUUCACUUCCAUUUUAAUUCUGAUCGCUCUAAUUAGAAAGCCCUUUAUAAUUCCAAUAUGCCAGUUAUCCAACUUUUCGAUAGUAAGAGGUCUAUCUUGUUUCAGUUCCCAUUUGAACUUCCAACCAAUCCAUGGAAUGUGUGGCUCUAUCCUUUGCUUGUUUUUCGCUUCCGAAAAUUUGAACAUCUGCCAUCAGCUGGAGAAUGCGACCAAACGAACAAGAAGAGAGCAGGUCAAUGUUAAAAAGUAACACUGGCGAAUAUGACAAAAUAGAGCUAGCUCCAUAUACAAUGUUUUAAUCGGAAGACAAUGUGAUGUUUCAUGUUUCACUGCAUACCUGAAUGGGACGCUGGGAUUUCAUUUUGGAUCUCGCAUUCGACAGAGAUAUCUGCUGGAACUUUACGCAUAAUAUAUUUAGCAUAAAGAAUUUUAUUGACGUGUUAGAGAUCAAUUAAGAAAAAUAUACUUAUAUUCAUCUGUUACCAUACACUUGAUUAAUUAAACCAUAAACUGACUUGUAAAAUAAAUAUGGACUAAUCCGAUUGAAAUGGUUAAUUGAAAAUAAAUAAACAAAGAAUCUAAAUCCCUGUUGAGUUAUAAGUGAUAACAAAAUGAAUGUCCAAGUGUUUAAUCCAUCACAUAAAAUGUGCAAAAGUGUAUUUGUACAAUAACUAUUUAAAACAGACAUGCGAAAUAAAA